AUGCCAUCGCGACAUGUGUCAGCAUAUGCGUCAAGGAGUGAGUCACACUGGGAUGCACAUGGAUGCAGUUUCUCGCUCUCACCCAUGCGGUUUCUCGCCCUCACUCAUGUGGUUUCUCGCUCUCGCUCAUGUGGUUUCUCGCCCUCACUCAUGUGGUUUCUCGCUCUCGCUCAUGUGGUUUCUCGCCCUCACUCAUGUGGUUUCUCGCUCUCGCUCAUGUGGUUUCUCGCCCUCACUCAUGUGGUUUCUCGCUCUCGCUCAUGUGGUUUCUCGCUCUCACUCAUGUGGUUUCUCGCUCUCACUCAUGUGGUUUCUCGCCCUCACUCAUGUGGUUUCUCGCUCUCGCUCAUGUGGUUUCUCGCUCUCACUCAUGUGGUUUCUCGCUCUCACUCAUGUGGUUUCUCGCCCUCACUCAUGUGGUUUCUCGCUCUCGCUCAUGUGGUUUCUCGCUCUCACUCAUGUGGUUUCUCGCUCUCACUCAUGUGGUUUCUCGCUCUCACUCAUGUGGUUUCUCGCCCUCACUCAUGUGGUUUCUCGCUCUCGCUCAUCACAUGCCAACACCUGAAUGCACCUCUUUGGCCUCGCCGAUCCAUGCAUCCAUCUCCCAUGUGCAAGCAGUGCAAGCCCUUUCUCAUGUGCAAGCCCUCACUCCUUCCCUCCUUUCCUACUUCCCUACUUCCCCUCUCUUACCACUCCCCGCAUUACUUCCUUCCCUCCAUCCAUCCUCCUUUCCUCCCCUCCUGUGCAGUGUUGUACUGGCAUAUGCAACUGCCAUCCCUCUCAUCUCCUCCCGCUCUGUGCUCUCCAUGUUUCCCCAUCACCACCCCCCCCCUCCUUGCAGUGUUGUACUGGCAUAUGCAACUGCCAUCCCUCUCAUCUCCUCCCGCUCUGUGCUCUCCAUGUUUCCCCAUCACCACCCCCCCCCUCCUUGCAGUGUUGUACUGGCAUAUGCAACUGCCAUCCCUCUCAUCUCCUCCCGCUCUGUGCUCUCCAUGUUUCCCCAUCACCACCCCCCCCCUCCUUGCAGUGUUGUACUGGCAUAUGCAACUGCCAUCCCUCUCAUCUCCUCCCGCUCUGUGCUCUCCAUGUUUCCCCAUCACCACCCCCCCCCUCCUUGCAGUGUUGUACUGGCAUAUGCAACUGCCAUCCCUCUCAUCUCCUCCCGCUCUGUGCUCUCCAUGUUUCCCCAUCACCACCCCCCCCCCUCCUUGCAGUGUUGUACUGGCAUAUGCAACUGCCAUCCCUCUCAUCUCCUCCCGCUCUGUGCUCUCCAUGUUUCCCCAUCACCACCCCCCCCCCUCCUUGCAGUGUGGUACUGGCAUAUGCAACUGCCAUCCCUCUCAUCUCCUCCCGCUCUGUGCUCUCCAUGUUUCCCCAUCACCACCCCCCCCCCUCCUUGCAGUGUGGUACUGGCAUAUGCAACUGCCAUCCCUCUCAUCUCCUCCCGCUCUGUGCUCUCCAUGUUUCCCCAUCACCACCCCCCCCCUCCUUGCAGUGUGGUACUGGCAUAUGCAACUGCCAUCCCUCUCAUCUCCUCCCGCUCUGUGCUCUCCAUGUUUCCCCAUCACCACCCCCCCCCCUCCUUGCAGUGUGGUACUGGCAUAUGCAACUGCCAUCCCUCUCAUCUCCUCCCGCUCUGUGCUCUCCAUGUUUCCCCAUCACCACCCCCCCCCUCCUUGCAGUGUGGUACUGGCAUAUGCAACUGCCAUCCCUCUCAUCUCCUCCCGCUCUGUGCUCUCCAUGUUUCCCCAUCACCACCCCCCCCCUCCUUGCAGUGUGGUACUGGCAUAUGCAACUGCCAUCCCUCUCAUCUCCUCCCGCUCUGUGCUCUCCAUGUUUCCCCAUCACCACCCCCCCCCUCCUUGCAGUGUGGUACUGGCAUAUGCAACUGCCAUCCCUCUCAUCUCCUCCCGCUCUGUACUCUCCAUGUUUCCCCAUCACCACCCCCCCCCUCCUUGCAGUGUGGUACUGGCAUAUGCAACUGCCAUCCCUCUCAUCUCCUCCCGCUCUGUGCUCUCCAUGUUUCCCCAUCACCACCCCCCCCCUCCUUGCAGUGUGGUACUGGCAUAUGCAACUGCCAUCCCUCUCAUCUCCUCCCGCUCUGUGCUCUCCAUGUUUCCCCAUCACCACCCCCCCCCUCCUUGCAGUGUGGUACUGGCAUAUGCAACUGCCAUCCCUCUCAUCUCCUCCCGCUCUGUGCUCUCCAUGUUUCCCCAUCACCACCCCCCCCCUCCUUGCAGUGUGGUACUGGCAUAUGCAACUGCCAUCCCUCUCAUCUCCUCCCGCUCUGUGCUCUCCAUGUUUCCCCAUCACCACCCCCCCCCUCCUUGCAGUGUGGUACUGGCAUAUGCAACUGCCAUCCCUCUCAUCUCCUCCCGCUCUGUGCUCUCCAUGUUUCCCCAUCACCACCCCCCCCCUCCUUGCAGUGUGGUACUGGCAUAUGCAACUGCCAUCCCUCUCAUCUCCUCCCGCUCUGUGCUCUCCAUGUUUCCCCAUCACCACCCCCCCCCUCCUUGCAGUGUGGUACUGGCAUAUGCAACUGCCAUCCCUCUCAUCUCCUCCCGCUCUGUACUCUCCAUGUUUCCCCAUCACCACCCCCCCCCUCCUUGCAGUGUGGUACUGGCAUAUGCAACUGCCAUCCCUCUCAUCUCCUCCCGCUCUGUGCUCUCCAUGUUUCCCCAUCACCACCCCCCCCCUCCUUGCAGUGUGGUACUGGCAUAUGCAACUGCCAUCCCUCUCAUCUCCUCCCGCUCUGUGCUCUCCAUGUUUCCCCAUCACCACCCCCCCCCUCCUUGCAGUGUGGUACUGGCAUAUGCAACUGCCAUCCCUCUCAUCUCCUCCCGCUCUGUGCUCUCCAUGUUUCCCCAUCACCACCCCCCCCCCUCCUUGCAGUGUGGUACUGGCAUAUGCAACUGCCAUCCCUCUCAUCUCCUCCCGCUCUGUGCUCUCCAUGUUUCCCCAUCACCACCCCCCCCCUCCUUGCAGUGUGGUACUGGCAUAUGCAACUGCCAUCCCUCUCAUCUCCUCCCGCUCUGUGCUCUCCAUGUUUCCCCAUCACCACCCCCCCCCUCCUUGCAGUGUGGUACUGGCAUAUGCAACUGCCAUCCCUCUCAUCUCCUCCCGCUCUGUGCUCUCCAUGUUUCCCCAUCACCACCCCCCCCCUCCUUGCAGUGUGGUACUGGCAUAUGCAACUGCCAUCCCUCUCAUCUCCUCCCGCUCUGUGCUCUCCAUGUUUCCCCAUCACCACCCCCCCCCUCCUUGCAGUGUGGUACUGGCAUAUGCAACUGCCAUCCCUCUCAUCUCCUCCCGCUCUGUGCUCUCCAUGUUUCCCCAUCACCACCCCCCCCCUCCUUGCAGUGUGGUACUGGCAUACGCAACUGCCAUCUCAAUCAUGCCCGAGCCCUGCUACAUGACUAUCAGCAGCACCUCGGGAAUCCCAGGGGGGGCAUCAGGCGGCUCGUCUCCCACCAAUCCCACGGCACCAGCUGGCGGUCAGUCUGGCGUACCUGUGGGUGCCACAACAUGCUUGUUGACCGGGGCACAGGUGCUGGCAGAGAGGUCGAUCGAUCAGCUGGGCAAGUGGGAGUGCCUCCUGGUGCUGCUGUGUAUGGGGCUUGCUGUGAAGCUGAUGACCUUUGUGCUGCUGGUGAGGCUGCAGCGGGCCAAGCACAAGUGAGCGGUGUUGGGUGGAUGGAGACAGAAAGGAUAGCAAGAAUAAGCGGGUGGAUGGACACAGUGGCCCAUGCUGGUGCUGCUGUGUAUGGGGCUUGCUGUGAAGCUGAUGACCUUUGUACUGCAGCGGGCCAAGCACAAGUGAGAGGUGUUGGGUGGAAGGAAGAGUGUUGCGAGAAUAAUGUGUGUGUUCUGAGACGGCUUGAGGACACGGAUUGGCCCAUGCUAGUACUGCUGGUGAUGCUUCAAUGA